CAAAGGCUUCCUGCCCGCCAUUUCACUUUUGGGUAGCUAGUUAGCAAGCGGCUUCGUUUGUGGUAGUUUUCCUUGUGAACGAUUAUAUCUCUCGUCGUUGAAUUAAAAAGCAAAUAAUAAACAUCAAUAGUUUAAUUUAUAUUAAAACAUUUGUUUAUUAAGACAAUUAGAAACUGAACGUUAACAAGCGACUACAUUUUUAAUUGAAGAACGUAACUAAAUAGAAGCUGCGCCAAAAUGUCGACUGAUGGCGUUGACAAACCAGGCCUGGGCGAAGUGAACGGCAAGCCCACACACCAAAGCAGGAAGGAGCGGCCCCAGAAGCGCGGAGGCGGUCGCUUUGAGCCCUAUGGCAACCCAUCCAAACGAUAUCGUGUGUUUGUCAGCAACAUACCUUUUGAUGUGAAAUGGCAAGCUCUCAAGGACCUGAUGAAAGAAAAAGUGGGUGAGGUAACUUACGUGGAACACUUAACGGACGCGGAAGGCAAAUCGAGGGGUUGUGCGGUUGUUGAGUUUAGGACUGAAGAGCUGAUGAAGGCUGCUGUGGAGAAGGUCAAUAAGCACAACCUCAAUGGGAGGCCUCUUAAAGUGAAAGAGGACCCGGAUGGAGAGUUUGCUCGGCGUGCUGCCCAGCGGGCGCAGGGAGGCGGGGGGCCCCCUGGCGGGAUGGCCAUGGGAAUGGGCAUGGGCCCGGGCCCCGGUGCCCCUCCUCCCCCCAUGGUCAACAUUCCCCCCAGCCUCAUGGACAACCCCAACAUCCCCAGCGAGAUCAUCCACGGCCUUCAAGCUGGCAAGAUUGGGAGCACGGUUUUUGUUGCCAAUCUGGACUACAAGGUUGGCUGGAAGAAGCUGAAGGAGGUGUUCAGCAUGGCUGGUGUUGUACUGCGUGCUGAAUUACUGGAGGACAAGGAUGGAAAAAGCAGGGGAAUGGCCACAGUGACCUUUGACCUGCCCAUUGAAGCUGUGCAAGCAGUCUCUAUGUUCAACGGUCAGCUCCUGUUUAACAGGGUCAUGCAUGUUAAACUGGAUGAAAAAUCUGCACCAAAAGAAGACUUUGGGCCCCCUGAGGGACCUUCUUCUCUCCCCCGUGGUUUAAGUGGCAUUGGGCUCGGACUGGGGCCUGGUGGCCAGCCCAUUGAUAGGCACCAGAUAAACAGAGGUGGCAGUGGUGCUGGAGGAAUGGGCAACAUGGGGCCUGGAGGAAUGGAUGGUAUGGGCUUUGGUGGCAUGGGCAGAAUGGGGGGAGGGAUGGAUAAUUAUCGUGGUGGAAUGAACAACAUGGACCACUUUGGACCCUCAGGAAUGGGCAGGAUGAAUGAUGUGGACCGUGGAAUUGGUGGUGGCUUUGACCGUGAAUUUGGCCGGAAUGACAUGGGCAUGCAACGACGUAGUUUUGGGGACUCAAGUGAAAGGGGAAUAGGUAGCUCAAUGGGCAUGGAUCGAAUGAGCUCCAGCAUGGAUGGCAUGGGCUCCGGUGUAGGCCGCAUGUCAGGAAUGGACCGCAUGGGGAUGGACCGGAUGGACCACAUGUCUGACCUGGACAGGAUGGGUCCUGGCUAUGACCGUAUGGGGUCUGGGCUGGACAGGCUGGGGCCCAGUGUCGACCGCCUGGGAACCAGCCUGGACCGCAUGACCUCCAACGUCGACCGGCUUGGCCAAGCCAGCUUCGACCGCCUGGGCCCAUCCAGUUUGGACCGCAUGAGCGCCGGGAUGGACUUCAUGUCCCCGAUGGGCAUGGACAGGAUGGGCUCGGGCCUGGACCGAAUGGGCUCCAACUUCAACCGCGCCGGGUCCGCUGGCAUCGACCGCUUCCCCAGUGCCGGGAUGGACCGCAUGGGCUCCACCAUGGACCGCAUGGGCCCCUCGAUGGACCGCAUGGGCCCUGCCCGUGUGGGGGGCCAGUUCGACAGGCCUGCUGAGAUGGAGCGUGGAAACUUUGGGAGCCCCUUUGGUGGAGCAGGAGCAGGUGGGCCAGGGGCAGGUGCCAAUCCCAGGAAAGGCUGCCAGAUCUUUGUCAGAAAUCUCCCCUUUGAUUUCACCUGGCAGAUGCUGAAGGAUACCUUCAACUCCUGUGGCAUUGUCCAGUAUGCCGAUGUCAAAAUGGAGAAUGGCAAGUCAAAGGGCUGCGGUGUGGUCCGUUUUGAGAACCCAGAGACCGCCGAGAGGGCCUGCCGGACCAUGAACGGCUACAGGUUGAAUGGGAGAGAGAUCGACGUCAGGAUCGACAGAAAUGCCUAAUCCCCUUCAUGACAGAAAUUCCUGUUGUCUUCCCCAUACCAUCUGUUCCCAUGUUUUUUUAGGCAUUUGAGUUUUGCAAGGAAUAUGUACUUUUUGUUUUUGCUUGCUCGAGUUUUUAGUGACCAAAUCUUAUUUUACUUUUCUUUUUUUUCUUUUUUUAAACCUCAACACUUUGAAUUAAUUUCAUUGCCUUUCCUAUGUAAGGUGUUUUGAUAAUAAAUACCAGUGUAUGAAGUCUUCCGUC